AUGGUCGAACUGGAGAAGGAAGUGCUCCCGCUGCCCCCUCGGUACCGGUUCCGAGACCUGUUGCUCGGGGACUGGCAGACCGACGACAGGGUGCAAGUAGAGUUCUAUGUGAAUGAGAACACUUUCAAGGAGCGCCUCAAGCUGUUCUUCAUCAAAAACCAAAGAUCAAGUCUGCGAGUGCGUAUGUUUAACUUCGCUCUGAAAGUGCUGAGCUGCCUCCUCUACAUUGUCAGAGUCCUGUUGGACAACCCGCAAGAGGGAAGACAAGACUGGAAACUGAUCAUCUGGGUGGAUAGACCUCUACCGCUGUGGGGACUGCAGGUGCUUGUGGCUUUCAUCAGCUUUUCAGAAACUAUGUUGCUCGUGUAUCUCAGCUACAAGGGCAACGUUUGGGAGCAAGUAUUACGUGUCCCCUUCAUUCUGGAGAUGAUCAGCGCUGUUCCCUUCAUGAUCACUGUGAUUUUGCCCUCCUUCAGAAACCUCUUCAUUCCUGUAUUUCUCAAUUGCUGGCUGGCCAAACACGCUUUGGAGAACAUGAUAAAUGAUCUCCACAGGGCAAUCCAGCGGACGCAUUCAGCCAUGUUUAACCAAGUGGUGAUACUCAUCAGCACGCUGGUGUGUCUCAUGUUUACUUGCAUCUGUGGUAUCCAACACCUCGAACGAGCAGGGAACAACCUGACCCUGUUCGACUCACUCUACUUCUGUGUGGUCACCUUUUCCACUGUGGGCUUUGGAGAUGUCACCCCCCAAAUCUGGCCCUCGCAACUCCUGGUGGUCAUCAUGAUCUUUGUGGCGCUCAUUGUGCUUCCCAUUCAGUUUGAGCAGCUGGCCUUUCUGUGGAUGGAGCGGCAGAAGUCCGGGGGGAACUACAGCCGCUACCGGGCACAGACGGAGAAACACGUGGUGCUGUGUGUCAGCUGUCUCAAGAUCGACCUCCUCAUGGACUUCCUCAAUGAGUUCUUUGCUCACCCCCGACUACAGGACUACUAUGUGGUGAUCCUUUGCCCAGCAGAGAUGGACGUCCAGGUUAGGAGGGUACUUCAUGUCCCCCUGUGGGCCCAGAGAGUCAUCUACCUGCAAGGUUCUGCCCUCAAAGACCAAGACCUGAUGAGGGCCAAGAUGGACGAUGCUGAGGCCUGCUUUAUCCUCAGUAACCGGUUUGAAGUGGACCGCAUUGCUGCUGAUCAUCAGACCAUCCUCCGAGCCUGGGCAGUGAAAGACUUUGCUCCAAAUUGCCCCCUCUACGUCCAGAUUCUCAAGCCAGAGAACAAGUUCCACGUCAAAUUUGCAGAUCAUGUGGUGUGUGAAGAAGAGUUUAAGUACGCCAUGCUGGCUUUAAACUGUGUGUGCCCCGGUACCUCGACACUCAUCACUCUAUUGAUCCACUCUUCCAGAGGACAGGAGGGCGGUGCGUGUUCAGCAGACCAAUGGCACCGAACCUACCGGCGCUGCUCAGCUAAUGAGGUACAUCACAUCCGCCUGGAGGAAAGCAAAUUCUUCGGGGAAUACCAGGGCAAGAGUUUCACCUUUGCCUCCUUUCAUGCUCACAAAAAGUAUGGAGUAUGUCUGAUCGGAGUACGCAGAUUGGACACCACCAACAUCCUGCUGAACCCUGGUCCCUGCCACAUCAUGGGUGCCUCUGACACAUGCUUUUACAUCAAUAUCUCAAAAGAGGAGAACUCUGCAUUUGUCAGGGGCCAGAGGGAGCCAUCAUGGGGCGGCAGUGGAGGAAAUGCCAGGGGAGUGCACCAAACCAUCUACCAUGGACUCACCCGCCUGCCAGUCCACAGUAUCAUUGCCAGCAUGGGCACAGUGGCCAUUGACCUGCAGGACUCCAGCGACAAGAUGAGUGGCGCUAACACUUUGGCCCUGCCUGCCAUGGGAGACUCAGCCGAGGAGAGGAGGCACAGCAUCGCCCCCGUUCUGGAGCUGGUGGAUGGUGUCAACAACCCCACCUUUGACCUGCUGGGAGACCAGUCAGAGGACGAGGGAGGGGAAGAGGGAAAGGAGGACAGUGACAAAGAUGAGAGUGCACACUGGUGGGUGAAGGGAUACCCGCUGAACUCUCCAUACAUCGGCAGCUCGCCUACGCUGUGCCACCUUCUUCAAGAAAAGAUGCCUUUCUGCUGCCUGCGCAUGGACAAGGCCUGUCAUCACACCCUUUUUGAGGAUGCCCGCUCCUACGGCUUCAAAAACAAAUUGAUCAUUGUGUCCGCUGAGAGUGCAGGGAAUGGUCUGUACAACUUCAUUGUGCCUCUACGGGCCUACUACCGACCCAGGAAGGAGCUCAACCCCAUUGUGCUGCUGCUGGAGGGCAUACCUGAAGCUGACUUCCUGGAGGCAAUCUGUUGGUUCCCCAUGGUGUUCUACACAGUGGGCUCCAUUGACAAUCUGGACAGUUUGCUGCGAUGUGGAGUGACUUUUGCAGACACCAUGGUGGUGGUUGACAAGGAAAGCUCCAUGAUUGCAGAGGAGGACUACAUGGCCGAUGCAAAAACAAUCGUCAAUGUCCAGACCCUCUUCAGACUGUUCCCAGCUCUUAGUAUCAUCACGGAGCUCACCCACCCAGCCAACAUGCGUUUUAUGCAGUUCAAAGUCAAAGACCACUACUCUCUGGCGCUCUCUAAACUGGAAAAGAAGGAAAGGGAGAAGGGGUCCAACCUGGUGUUUAUGUUCCGCCUGCCCUUCGCGGCAGGAAAGGUGUUCAGUGUCAGCAUGCUGGACACUCUCCUCUACCAGUCAUUUGUGAAGGACUACAUGAUCUCCAUUGCAAGGCUGCUGCUGGGUUUAGACUCCAUGCCUGGUUCAGGUUUCCUCUGUGCUAUGAAAAUCACAGAGGAUGACCUGUGGAUCCGCACGUACGGCAGGCUCUACCAGAAACUGUGCUCCUCCAAUGGAGACAUUCCCAUUGGCAUCUACCGGACAGAGGCACAUAAGCUUCCAGUCUCUGAGUCCCAGGUUUCCAUCACAGUGGAAGACUACGAGGACACCAGAGAACCCAGAGAGCCCCUGUUGUCCCGGACCGGUGCUCAUCGCAACUCCACCUCCUCGGAGCCCGUCUCCACCUCUUCCCACUCCUCGGACCACCCGCUGCUCAGGAGGAAGAGCAUGCAGUGGGCACGGCGGCUGAGCAGGAAGGGGGGUCGGAACUCUAGCGCAGCCAAGGGGGGUCCGGGCAGCGCAGCGGAGAGGAUCAGCCAGCAGAGACUGACCCUGUUUCGGCGCUCGGAGAGACAAGAACUCAACGCCCUGGUGCGAACGAGGAUGAAACACUUGGGCCUUUCUCCAACUGGAUUCAAUGGGAUGACAGACCAAGGGAACAGACUGUCUUAUAUCCUCAUCAACCCUUCUCCAGACACCAGGCUGGAGCUGCACGAUGUUGUGUACCUGAUCAGACCAGAUCCCCUCUCUCUGGUACCCAAUCAGGGCAGCAACAGAAAGUGCAGCGCCGGCCUAUCAGAGAGCCACCGGUUCGAUACGCAGGACAGCACCCAUCUGUGAGAGACAAAAAAAAAUAUACUGUCAAAACACUGCCAGAGAGAGGAGAAACAACAACACACUCGCAAGAGAGAAUCAGAAAUCAAGAAAUUGUAAGAUGGAAAGAGAUGCAGAGAAAUGGAGCAUGGCCCUCGUAUUGUCUCCACAUUCAGUCUCGGUGAACUCAGAGGUGCCGGACAUGCAUGGACCUUUUCUAUAACAAUGGGAAUGUUUUAUUUAUGCACCUUCCUAUUUUCAAAGCGGAGAGCUGCGGACACAGAAGUGCAUUUAAUGAAAAACUGUUUGUAUUUAUAUCUGUGUAUGUGCAUGUGUAUGUACUGCAUCAUGUAUGUGCAGCGUGUAUGGUUGUGUGUGUACCGUAUGUAUGUGAAAGUGCGUGAAUGAAUGUUUGUGUAUGCUUAUGGAUCAAGAGCAAGACACUGCCACAUUUUAUCCGGACAGCCAAAGGAAUUUAGCUGCCAAAUGAAAGUCAAGGGAUGUAUUUUUUAUUUUAUUUUUUUGUCCUUUUUUUGUGUCGUAGGUGUGUUUCGUCACACUUAAUGUUGUUUGACGUAUUUAAAAGUGACACUACAGUGCACAAACCCUGUGAGGUUUUCUAUUUCUUUCUCUUUUUUUCAGUCAUCACAAAGCCUUUUGGAAACUUUUUACCUGUUGCUUACACAGUCAAAUGCACACAUUCGUUUUAUGCUCACCAGCAGCGGAGGAAUCCAAAGAGCACCAGUCUCAAUAAUGGACAGCCAGCAUGCAUCAUCAGUGCAGGGCAUUCAGUCACAUUGCUGUCUGAAAUAUUUUACUGUCUUCAGUUAUGUGAGUUCUCUUAAAAAAAACCCUGUUCCUGAGUUUAUUGUUUGCCUGUCCCACUCUCUCUGCUGUCAGUCAGUGUGAGCCGUCCUGCCACCAGCUUGCUUUUGCUGACGCGCAUGUUAGAGAUGCAGGGGAUGGACAGAAUAACAGGAACAUAUACCAUAAUAUAAUGCCAUCCAGUACAAUAGCCCUGCAAUAAAUAUGACCUUUGUGAAGCUUUUAAUGUAACAUUUUUGAGACAGUGUCAGAGAGGUGUUGCUUCAGCUCUCAGUUUUGAAGCUGAUUUAUAAGCUUUAUAAUUAAAUAUGUGUUAUAUUUAUUGCACACUGCAAUAAAUAUCCACUUUUUCAAGUCAUUAGUUAACUAAUUAAGAAUUCAAAUCUAUAAUACAAUUUGGUUUUCAGCCGGAAGAAAUCUCAUUUCUCUAAAAACAAGUGAAAAAUGUGCCAGUGGAAUGAGAUAAUUCUGCUUGUUUUUUUCAGCCUAGUCUACCUUAUGUCAUAGAUUUUCAUUUGUUUCAAGAAAUGUGAGAUUUUAAUCUGUUAUAUUGAAGUCAAUUACUUGUUAGGGUGGACAUUUAUGCUGUUUGUUUACCAAGGAUUUGCAAGCCUCUGUAAAAUCUUUUGUCAGAAAUUCAGAAUGUGCCGUUUCACACAGAAAUGGUGCAGCCAUGUGGUGGGAAUGUUAACUGGCAUCCCUGCCGACACCACUCCUGUAGCUUUAGUGUGGAUAUAACAGAU